CAGACAGCCUGACAAACAAGACGCGUUUUCUUUCUCGAUCAAGCCGCUUCUUUUUCCAUCUGCAACGUUCACUGUUGACAGCCACUGCCGCGACAAUGAGCUUGCUCAGCCUUCCCAAAGAGAUCCUGCGCCUGAUAAUGCAGCUGAGUAGGCCAGACGAUUUCGAGAGCCUCAUGUUGAGCUGCAAGCGUGUCCACGAGGCCGGACAAGUCUUCAUCGCAGAGCACAACGACUUUAAACACACCUUCUGCAAUGUUCAGAUCAACGCGCGUAGCGAACCGUCAGAUAAUGCCAUGCUAUGCGGCAGCUUCUAUGAGCUAUUGGGGACCGUGGCUGCGAAUCCACGGGCGGCCACUUAUAUCCGAGCACUCACGAUACACGAUUACCGUCCCUAUAUGCCUUGUGUGGACGGCAUGGGCGUGCAUCUACGCGGCGACAAAAACACACAUAGGCCGGAGCCCGACAGAAAUUGGACACUUGUGACAGAUCUGAUCUCGGACUCCCCAUGGCUACGAGCUGCAGGAUGCAGUUCUGCGGCCUGGGUCACAAUGACCGCUGCAGUACGCGAUGCUGGCCAAAAUGGCAAGGAGGAAAGCAAUGAAGAGUCAGACAACGAAGAAGAAGACAACCAGUCGUGGAAGCAGUACGCUGCUUUCUCUCUGUUCGUGCUUCUUCUCACACAGCUCACACACCUGGAGACUCUGCAUAUCAAGUACGACUUCCACUAUGGAUCCAGCUACGAGGACGACGAGGGUGGAACUUCCGUCCUCGGCCAGGCCAAAAGAGUCCUCGACAUCAUGUCCAUAUGUGCCAACAAAAACAGUCGCCACUUGAUCAACCAAGCAUCUGCCAACGUCUCUGGUCUUCCCGGCUCACCGCUGGAGGCUUUGGCUGAACUAUACUACUGCGCACCAACCGGCGGCUCUUACCCCCUGGACGCGACGGCCUUGCAUCCCUUCAUUGCUCUACCCAAUCUUCGCCGGCUGCGCGCGCAUGAUCUCAAAGCUCUGUCCAGUGUGGAAUAUGCCUACUCGUGGCCUCCAUUGCGAUUCAUGACGCCCACAAGCAAGGAUAGCGCAGUACUUUGCGAUACGGGAGACGGCCCUAGUGCCCAGUUCCCGUACUUUUACAAUGACCUCCAAUACUCGCUCCUCGCUUCGCGUGAGCAUAGUGCAGUGGAGUAUCUGGAGCUUCUCCGCUGUGACAUCGCCCCCCAAGGCGUUGCGUCUCUUCUGAAGCGCAUGCCGUUGCUGACCACGCUUCGCUACAUGUACCACCACAAGUCCGGGCUGACCGAAUACGAUGCCCAGACGGGCUGGGACUUUGACGCAGGUGGGUUGCUGCAAGCGAUUGCGGACUCGAGUUGGGAGUCGGAAAGACACAGCAGCAGCCGUGGAGGAGAUGGUGUAGAACACUCCACAGCAGCCAGCCGUAUCACGGACUUGUCGAUAGGCAUCGAAGACUGCCCUAGACAUAUUAUUACGGGGAUCACCGGAGGAACCCUUACAAGAUUUACAAGAAUACAGAGGCUGGCAUUGGAUGUCCGCGCAUUUCUUGGUCCUGCCCCUGAGAGUGGUGAGAGGCGAGAUUCCUACCGCAGCUGGGAUCCAGCGACAUCCAGCUGGAACCCUGCAACUGACAUGCCUCGUCUGAUUGACGUUCUGCCCCGUACACUGGAGAGUCUAGAGCUGUUUGUCGACAUGCAGGGCUCCGAGGGCUACUCCCAUCGCCAGUAUUGGGACGUGGAAUUCCCCCACUGGACGAAGCUGUUGCGAGGGUUUCGGGAGGAUAGGGAGGAGCGGUUGCCAAACUUACGGGAAUUUGUGGUGAGGGAGAAUCCGCUCAUGUAUAAAGGCCACCGGCCCAGUGGCGUAUAUGAGGAAGUCGUGCUGAGCGAGGACGCGAGAAGUGUGGCAAAUCGGCAAACGGCGUUGGAAGCAGGGGCCGACUUUGUCUCUGUCGAUGGGGCCCAGUUGUCGUGGCGCCAGGGGCUUGAGAAGGAACAGGCUACUGUUUAUUAGGAGGGAUUCUGGUAAAAUAUGGCACAUGGCGCAAUGGAGAAGGACAAUGAGAGCGUACAGUUAUCACAGCUCCAACCUCCUACCACCACGGCGCCCUAAACGGAUGAGCACCUGAAUCAGUGCGGCAUUCUGGCAUUCCCUCUGGGCAGCACAGGAGCGUGUGCCAUCCGGUGUCUUGUUGUGCUGCCUAUCUCUAUACUCACUCCUCGCUUGAGCUUCUCCGCUGUGGCAUGGGCCCCCAUGGAGUUACGUCUCUUCUAAAGUGCAUGGUUGUUGACCACGAUUCGCUGCAUGUACAUAGCCGUAUCACGUGCAUUUCCCCGCUCCUAGUUCAUAGUCGUUUCGAGCAGGAAUUCAGGCU